ACUACGUCUCGGUAUUUAAGUAUUUAAGACAUUAUGUUCCAUAGCGAUUUGUGGAGAUAAAUGCCCUCGGACAGUAGCGUUCAUUUCACAGUUAAGUCUCUUUAAGUCAUUGUUUUAUGUUAUGCAGGAUGAAUGUGCGAUUUUUAAUUAAUCAACCUUUAAGGGUUAUAUGCUUACGGUGUUGUAUACUAUUCUUGGUGUACAAGUUAACUUAUAAAAGUCUGUUCCUCUAAUUAUAGAAUAAUAUAUAGAAUAAUUAUACAAGAGCUAUUAUUAUUAUGAUGUUAUUAUUUAAUUGUGUGGGCCGUGUUGCUUGAUUACAUUUGACUCCUCGGCACGUGGGACGCUGCCGGUUUGAAAGACGCGGCUUCACUUGUUUUCUACACCAAGAUGACGAGAAACAGACGAAUGGCGAAAGCUGUCAGCUGGAGCAACGAGCAAUACUGGGCAACUUGGGACAAGUGGAUGGAGGUGAUUGACUGGGAAGAUGAGGAAGAGCUGUGCUCCCCAGCAGAAUCACCCUCUGACCAGGCUGACGGUUCCAUCGUAUCACACACCCGAAAGCCAAUUGCCAAGGCAAUUAGCUGGACGGAUGAUGUGUAUUGGGCAGCCUGGGACAAGUGGGAUGAGAUCAUCUGCUGGGGUGAAGAAGAAGAGUGCUCCCCAGCAACUCCACCCAUCAACCAGCCUGGGAGGGAUAAGGGGUUAGACAUGUAUGGGUUAGAGGUUUUUGUGUUAAAUGAAAGGACAGUCUCCAUAAAGCCUGCAGAUGACCACCAAGACAGGCUGAAAAUAGGAGCCGUAGUGGUCGACCUCUGCCAAUUUGAGCUAGAUAAUGUAAAUGGUAAAUUUGAAAUUGUCGAAAUACAAAUUGGAGAGGUCAAAUUGGAGGAGACUGCAGAGAGGGGUUCAAAUUCAGGAUUUGAAUUGGAAAUUAUGGAUGUGGAUAUUGAAGUUGUAGACAAUGAAUUCCAGCGGAAUGCUGUUAAUUGGGAAAUUGCUGGAACUAAAGUGGACAAAUUGUUAGUGGAACACCUGAGCAUAUAUGAUGUAGAAGCAGGCAGUGUGAAGGUGUCCACAUCAAAUGGGAAUGUGGUAUAUGUCAAUGGUAUGUGAGUGUGUUUGGUAAUGGUGUGUGUGAGGUAAUGGCGUGUGUGAGUGAGUGGUGUGUGUAUAUGAGAAUGGUGCGUGAAUGCUGUGGGAUUGAUUAGUGUGUCUGUGGUAAUGGCGUGUGUAAGUGACUGGUGUGUGAAUGGUGUGUGUGUGAGUAUAUGGUGUAUGUGAAUGGUCUAUGUGUGUGUGAGAAUGGGGAGUGAAUGGUGUGUGAGUGACUGGUGUGUGAAUGGUGUUUAUGAAUGGUGUGUGAGUGACUGGUGUGUGAAUGGUGUUUAUGAAUGGUGUGUGUGUGAGUGACUGGUGUGUGAAUGGUGUUUAUGAAUGGUGUGUGUGUGAGUGAAUGCUGUGUGAAUUGUGUGUGAGUGACUGGUGUGUGAAUGGUGUUUAUGAAU